AUUUAUUUUUAUACGCAUUAAGAGACAGAAAAUUAUGGUUGUCACCCCGGAUAUUGAUAGUGUGUGACCAGGAGAGGACGGACAAAAUUCGGGUCUUGCGGCAACUUCAAACACAUCAAGAGUGGAUAGGAAUCAUUGCUCCGUUGAACAUGCCUGAAGUAGAUUUGGGUUUCGCUGAAAAAUGCCCCAGCUGGAAGUUGGAGAGUAGAUUUUUCCCAAGCAAGAUAGGUGGUGCUCCUGCAUGGCUCAACUUGGCUGAACUUCCAAACCCUGACCAACUUUCCUGCUCCAAGUGCAAUAAUCAAUUGAAGUUCCUGUGUCAAAUCUACGCUCCGGUUAAUGAGAAAUCAGACUGCUUCCACCGCACAAUUUUUGUAUUUUUCUGUUCCUCAGCAGAAUGUUCCAAUGUUAAUAGAGGUAGUUUUAAAGUAUUCCGAUGCCAACUUCCCCGUGAAAAUGCGCAUUAUCCGUCUGAGCCAUGUCCAGAAACUGAAUCAGCAAACAGUGAUUUGACUCCAGAGAAGUUUGGGAUAAGCCUCUGUGCUGUGUGUGGUGUAAAGGGGCCAUUUAGCUGCAGCCAGUGUAAAAAAGUGCACUACUGCAGUAAAGAACAUCAACGGCUUGAUUGGAAAGGCAGCCACAAGCAAGCUUGCAAGACUGGCCAACAGAGCUCCGUCAAGUCAGAGUUUCUCUUACCAGAAUUUGAGAUUGUGAUCGAGCCUGACGAUUACUCAGAUUCUGAGGCAAGUAACAGUGACUCUGAAGAUGACAAUAAAACUGAGGUCAACCAAGAGCUCUUCAGGAAAAUGAUGGAAGAGGGAAAAGCGGGUACCCUAUCAGAUACCAAGGACGUUGAUGAUGAUUUAAAGCAGAUGGCUUUAGGUGAAGAGGACAAACAACUGUCCAAGUUCAAAUCCAUUGUGAAACGGUGCCCGGAGCAAAUAUUACGUUAUCAGUUGGAUGGCUCACCAUUGUGGAUUUCUGAUAAAGAUGUCCCUCAACCUGAAGACAUUCUUAAAUGCACUGAGUGUCAUGGAGAAAGAGUUUUUGAAUUUCAGAUCCUACCUCAGAUGCUCAAUCACAUGAAAUGGGAUCAAUUGAAAGAAGAAAGUAUCGACUGGGGAGUCUUAGCUGUUUACACCUGCCAAAAUAACUGUGUAACAGGUCCGGCUUACAAAGAAGAGUUCUUGUGGAGGCAGGCCCUGAGGUGACCUUCUAUUAAAAUUUGAAAUUUUUUUACUCAAUCUAGUUUUUUUAUGUUCUCGUUAUUCAUUUUUUUUCGUAUUAAAGUAUUUUCUCUU